GGCCAGCGAGGCUCAGUCCCUGCAGUGUCCCCGCUGGCCAGGGCCAUGUCCGAGCGCCGCGGGGCCACCAAGGGCCGGCGCUUGGGCUCCAGCCGGCGCAAGCAGCUGCAGGAGGGCUCCAGGGAGACCCCAGGGUCAGCACCCAGCCCUGGUGAGGAGCCACCAUGGGUAUCUGAAAUAGUGCAGAGGGUGCAGCAGCUCCUCAGAGACAGGGACGCGGAGCAGGCGGGAGUUGUCACCCGCUCGGACAUGCAGAAACUGCAGGAGGACGGUUUGCCGUGCAGCAGGGAGGAGCUGGAGCUUGUGUUCGAUGGGCUGGAUGCUGCUGGCACCGGGAGCUUGGGCACGGAGGAGUUCACGGCCGGGCUCCGGCAGUUCCUGAGCUCCCAAAAAGCUGCCAGGGAGCACCGGCGGCGCAAGACGGCGUCACGGAGGGUCCGGCUGGUCCUGCCUGCCCCGGAGCUGGAAGGGGUGGAGAGCGAGGAGCGCAGACACUUCACGGCCUUUAUGGAGCAGCUGGGCACAGGAAACCUCCUGGAAGAACAGGAGAUCUGGCAGCUCUGGGGGAAGCUCCGGCAGGAUGAGCCCCAGCUGCUGGAUAACCUGGAGGAUUUCCUGGCCAAAAUGAGGCACCGCAUCCAAGAAGCCAGGAGCGAGAAGGAGGCUUUGGAGCAGGCUCUGAACAAGCGUGUGGCCGAGCACGACAAGGACGUGCAGCAGCUCUGCGAGGUCCUGGAGCAGCAGAUCCAGCAGGAGCAGCUGCGGCUGCAGCAGCAGAGCAUGGCCCGGAGCCAGCAGCACGGCGAGGAGCUGCAGCGAGUGCUGGAUGCCAGCGAGAGGGAGGUGCAGCGCUUGGUCACGGCGCAGAUGGAGCUGGAGCGGCGCUGCCGCAGCCUCCACAGCUCCCAGCAAGUCACCAGCAGGGAAAACCAGCAGCUGGAGGAGAGCAACCGGGCCCUGGAGCAACACCUGCAGCACCUGCACCAGCAGCUGCAGCAGACCCAGGGCCACCUGAGGACAAUGAGGGCUACAGUGGUUUGGGAGCGCAUGGGGGAGCCCGGGGACAGAGUGGUGGCAGAGUUACCCAUCGAGGUGCCAAUGUCCCCACAGCUGAGUCCUGGGAAGAGCGAGAAGUUCCGCUCCGAGAUGCGGAUCAGGCUGGGAUCCCAGAGCAGCGAGGGCAAAGCCAAGGGCACCCACCAAGUGGUUUGGGAAAUGCUGCCAACAGAAACAAACCUUUCAGGAGCCUCACGGAAAGCAAGCUCUGCUGAAGAAGACCCCUUCCCUGAACCUCUGAAAGAGGAAGGUGUCUCUGACCAAGGCUCUUUGCUAAGAGAGAUGAAUGAUGCAAUAGCAGCUCUGAGCAAACAUCUAAAGGCAGAGGGACUCGGUGCACUGGCAGACCCUCCCUGGGACAAUGCUGAGCCCCAAACAGGGCCAGAGGCAGCCACAGCCCAUGAAACAACCCCUGGGAUCCUGCAGAAGACCCUCCCUGGCCACAUCCAUCAUGAGCUGCUGGAAGGAGACCUGCAAGAGGGAGCAGGCAGAGCUGAGCUUCGUGCUCCGGAUGUGACACAGGCUGAUGUGUGGCGGCUUUGUGCUCCAGGACAGGCAGCACAAAGGGAGCUUCAGGAGCAGGUUUCAGCACAGGGACUUGAGGGGAAGCUUCACACAGUGGCCCAACAGCCAGAGGGGGAGACACCACCCACGAUGGAACCGGAGCACACGGCUGCUGCACCUGCUGAGCAUCCAAAGCAAGAGGUGCCAGCAUCAACACUGCCCACAGUGCAGCCAGAAGGUGCUGGGAAUGAUCAGCUGGGGAUGGCCCCCAGAGAUAACUCACUGGGGAAAAUGCAGCUCUUGGGAGAACAGAGCAAAGACCUCAGUGUGGGUCAGCAAGAGAAGGUGCAAGAGUUUUGUCAGAAAAUGAGCCAGAAAGGCGAGCCCAGCCCAGGAGAGCCAGGGGCUGUGACUGCAGCUGGGGCAGGAGCUGCCCCAGGGGUUUGUCCUAAAGCUGCCCUGGACCCAGACCACCUCUACAACGUGCUGUUUGUUGGGGACUCCCACGUGGGCAAGACGUCGUUCCUGUACCGACUGCACGCCGACACCUUCAACCCCCACCUCACUGCCACUGUGGGACUGGAUUAUCAGAUCAAAAACCUCGUUGUGGAUAACAAGCGCUUCGCUCUCCGCCUGUGGGACUCAGCUGGUCAGGAAAGGUACCGCAGCAUGACCAAGCAGUUUUUCCGGAAGGCGGACGGGGUGGUGCUGAUGUACGACAUCACCUCCGAGUACUCCUUCUGCGACGUGCGCUACUGGCUCAGCUGCAUCCAGGAAGCAGCAGAGGAUGGAGUUGCUGUUCUGCUUCUUGGCAACAAAACCGACUGUGCUGCCCAGAGACAGGUCCCUACAAAGGAGGGGGAGUGCCUGGCCAAGGAGCAUCAGCUCAUGUUUUACGAGUGCAGCGCUGCCUCAGGCCACAACGUCUUGGAGUCCAUGGUCAGCUUCACCAGGUUGCUCAAAAGUCGUGAAGAUGAAUUGAAAAAUAAGGCAGAAGAGGUACCAAAGGUACCCCAGAAGAAAAAGAGCUGCUGCUGGUGAUGGACAGACACCCCACACACUGAUCUGAAACUGCACCAACAGUCAAAAAAGUAUAAAAACAGUCCUUGGACACCUUCUCUUUUUCUGUGUGUCUUCCUUGCCUGAUGUUCCUUGGAUGCUGAGAGCAAAAGCUGCCGUGGCAGAACCC